CAGAAACGUGCGCCGCCGCCUCCGCUUGGGGGCGGCCGAGUUAUGUAGCCGAGGCGGCCAAUGGGCUUCGGCAGGCGGAGUUUAGCCCGGGUUAGGGGCGGCGGGCGCGGGCCUGGGAGGAGCAGAGCGUGUGGCUGAGCCGAGGCCGAGGUUGUUUGUUCGCUCGUUGCUCUGCUCUGGCCAUGGCUGCUCUUCCCGGUUCGGCGCCUCGACCGCCCGGCGGCGGCGGCGGCUGCUCGGUCCACUGGUUCCGCCGGGGGCUGCGCCUUCACGACAACCCGGCGUUGCAAGCAGCUCUCCGUGAUGGGGGCCCCGUGCGCUGUAUCUACAUUUUGGACCCUUGGUUCGCGGCCUCCUCCUCGGUGGGCAUCAACCGUUGGCGGUUUCUGCUCCAGUCCCUGGAAGAUUUGGACAAUAGUUUAAGAAAACUCAACUCCCGCUUGUUUGUAGUACGAGGCCAACCAACAGAUGUUUUUCCAAGACUCUUUAAAGAAUGGGGAGUUACCCGUCUCACCUUUGAAUACGACUCGGAACCAUUUGGUAAAGAGAGAGAUGCAGCUAUUGUUAAAUUGGCUAAAGAAGCUGGAGUAGAGGUGAUAACAGAGAAUUCGCAUACUCUUUAUGAUCUGGACAGGAUAAUCGAGCUGAAUGGACACAAGCCUCCUCUCACCUACAAGCGUUUCCAGGCCAUCAUUAGUCGCAUGGAUCUGCCCAAGAAGCCAGUCCCCACCAUUACACAUCAGCAAAUGGAGAAAUGCAAGACAGAGAUCCAAGAAAAUCAUGAUGACACAUACGGAGUCCCAUCCCUGGAGGAGCUUGGCUUCCCCACUGAGGGUCUUGCUCCAGCUGUUUGGCAAGGAGGGGAGACUGAAGCCUUGACUCGUCUAGAUAAACAUUUGGAAAGAAAGGCAUGGGUUGCGAAUUAUGAACGGCCACGGAUGAAUGCCAAUUCACUGCUGGCCAGUCCCACAGGGCUCAGUCCCUACCUUCGGUUUGGCUGCUUGUCCUGCCGCUUAUUCUACUAUCGGCUCUGGGAACUAUAUAAAAAGGUGAAACGGAACAGCACUCCACCGCUGUCACUCUAUGGCCAGUUACUCUGGAGAGAAUUUUUUUAUACAGCUGCCACAAACAAUCCCAAAUUUGAUCGCAUGGAAGGAAACCCAAUCUGCAUUCAGAUCCCAUGGGACAGGAAUCCUGAAGCCUUAGCAAAAUGGGCUGAAGGCAAGACAGGCUUCCCUUGGAUUGAUGCUAUCAUGACACAGUUGAGGCAAGAGGGUUGGAUUCAUCACCUGGCCCGGCAUGCCGUAGCAUGCUUUCUGACCAGAGGUGACCUGUGGAUCAGUUGGGAGUCUGGAGUGAGGGUAUUUGAUGAGCUGCUGCUGGAUGCAGAUUUUAGUGUGAAUGCAGGCAGCUGGAUGUGGCUUUCAUGCAGUGCUUUCUUCCAACAAUUCUUCCACUGCUAUUGCCCUGUUGGUUUUGGGCGUCGAACAGAUCCCAGUGGUGACUACAUCAGGCGAUAUCUGCCGAAGUUGAAAGGCUUUCCCUCACGUUAUAUCUAUGAGCCCUGGAAUGCCCCUGAGUCAGUACAGAAGGCAGCAAAGUGCGUCAUUGGUGUGGACUAUCCCAAACCCAUGGUGAACCACGCAGAAACCAGCCGACUGAACAUUGAGCGCAUGAAACAGAUCUACCAGCAGCUCUCACGCUACAGAGGACUUUGUUUAUUGGCCUCUGUCCCUUCCUGCAUAGAAGACCUCAAUAACCCAGUCGACCCUUCUGCAAACCAGGGAGGCUGCACCAGUAUAACACUAAGGCAAUCCCACUGUGGCCAGACGUCUCCGAAACGGAAGCUUAAUAUUGUAGAGGAACACAUGGAAGAGUUGUACAAGCGAGCAAAGGUGGUGGCUCUGAGUUCACAGCAAGAGCUUUUGCAGUCUGACAUGGGCAAUUGACAAGAUCAAAAUCAUGUCCUGGAAGUACCCCUACAGUAACAGAGAAGGAUUUCUAACAGAAAGAUCAAAACAUUGACCAACGACAUAACAUGGUGGUUGUGUGGAUGUUCAACACUGGUAGCUGCCACACAAGGACUCUCAAACUCCAGUGCAGGAUGCAGUGAGCAUGCUUCAACAAUAAAGGAAAGCCAUGGAGACCAAAUCUCUGGCUCCUGAGACUUUCGGCAUCAGUUGGAAAAAGACUUGGGAUACUCCUUGCUCAUUCCUUGUAUAUUCCAGUUACUUUGAAUGGGACCUGCUUGUUGCUCAUUCAGAGCAUUACUUACUGUUCUCUCAUCUCAGUUGAUUUGGAGGUACUGAGAUGAACCAAAAUGCAAAAUACUUCAUGGUGCUCAUUGAAGUUUCAGGAGCUGCAUCUAUUAAACACUCCAAACACCUUUUGGUAUAUUCACAGAAUGGAAAAGUGCACAGUGCAUCCAUAUGGGCACAUCACUUAAAAAAAGUGUUUGCCCUGAGGGUAGAAUGUGUCGAUAUGCAAAGGGACAGCAAUUAUUACUAUGACUUAGGGCAAUAAAAUAAUAGUAAAAUUUGAAGUGUGGAAAUGACAGUAACAAUCUGUUAAAUCUGAAAGGUAGUAUGGCUCCUUAACCACAUAAUGUUCAUGUUCAUUUUCAGUGAUUCUGAAAAUGCAUGUUCUAAACACCUUAUUUGCCACCAGGGAAGGCUACAUUUCCACAGGGCAGCCAAAUACGGUACUGGUCACAGAACACUACUUCCUUAAAACAAACAAUAAAAAAACUGGUUUCUUUUUUUCCCCAGGGGCAAGUUACUAGCCAUUAUGCUUGCAGAUAUACACAUGAUAGUAAAGCCAGAUGAGAUGCUGCAUACCUUUCUCAUGAUCAGAAAUGCCCUAUGAAGCUUUUAACUCUAGCGAUUACUUGGAGAAGUUGAGUAUGUUAGACAAGAUGAAACACAUGCUUCAUUUGCAUAAUUUAUACAGUUCAUAAGUUCUUGCAAAAAAAUCUUUAGUGAAGAUUUUUUUAAACCACAAACUAUAAGAUAGUCCUGCCUAUGUGAACAUCUUUCUUGUAAGUCAGAGCAGCUAUGCUUAGUUUUGGAAGAUUUCCAUCUGUAUAACAAACUGGAAUUUUCAUCUUCCAUUGUCAAUUCCUUGAUCACUAUGGAGUUAAUGCUAUGUUAGGCUGAAAGACCUGUGUGAAUUUGCCCCCAAAUCAUUUGGUUGACCACAUUUUCCAGUUGUAGGUUACAGUGCACUAGUAUCUUUUUUUAAGUAUUCCCUGCAUCCUGUACUCUAUGCUGCAUGCCUUGUCUUUCCCUUAUUUAAAUUGUAGCCAGACAACAUGAUUCCAUCAAGUUAUUGUUCACUUUGCCUUUGUUUUCAAUGUAGCCUUGGCAGAGUUGCUAGACACCCCCUCCCCCACUUAGAGCAGUGGGAACUACCAGGCUAUGAGAAAAGACUGUGUUAUAUCUAGUUAUCACACAAUGAAAUGAACUGCCCUAUAUAAAGCCCUUUAGUCCUCUUAGCAGUUAGAUAUCAAGAAGCCGAUCAUAAAUGGACUAACAUUCCUUAGUGGCUUAUGGGGCAUAAAACGUCCCAGUACAGUGGUGCCUCACAAGACGAAUGCCUCGCGGGACGAAAAACCCGCAAGACGGAUGGUUUUUGUGAUCG